AUGAAACUCGACGAAGAAUUCUCACACGACAGAGACCAUUCCUUUCUUACAGACGAUGAAGAAAAUCAAGCAGAGCUUGCUUGUUCCGACGAUGAACACGACGGAGACGGAGACGGUCGGAGACGCGGAAGUGCAAACUCCGAUUCCUCCUCUCCUUUAUCCCAAAACCAUUCCGAUAACAAUCUCUCCGAUGAUGUCUCAAAUCCUCCUUGGCCACAAAGCUAUAGACAAUCAAUGGAUUUGUUGACCGGAAUGACUCCACCGUCGGUGAGUUUCAUGCCUCAAAGUGGUUCACGGAGAUUCGUAUCUUCCUUUCACAAGAAGCAACAAUCUUCGUUUUUCGAUUCGUUUUCUUCUUCCUCAAGCAAACCUCUUCUCUCUCAACCGGAUCCUAACAAAGAAGAGACAAUAUUACCUGUCAAACCUCCAUCUCAGCUCAAACUCUCCGUUACCGAUCUUCCAUUACCGGAAACUAAUCUCUGCUCUUUCUCUCAAUCCGUCCUCAACGGAACCAAUGUUCUGUGUGGAUUAGGGUUAAUAACAAUGCCUUAUGCUAUAAAAGAAAGUGGUUGGCUUGGUUUGCUCAUACUCUUGUUCUUUGGAGUCAUCACUUGCUACACAGGUGUUCUCAUGAAGAGAUGUCUAGAAAGUUCUCCUGGACUUCAUACUUACCCCGAUAUCGGUCAAGCCGCUUUUGGAAUCACUGGUCGUUUCAUCAUCUCCAUCCUUCUGUACGUGGAGUUGUACGCAGCUUGUGUGGAAUACAUUAUCAUGAUGAGUGAUAACUUAUCAGGACUAUUCCCAAACAUUUCAUUGAGCAUUGCUUCAGGGAUAUCUCUAGAUUCUACUCAGAUCUUUGCGAUCUUAACCACUCUUCUUGUUCUUCCAACAGUCUGGCUUAAAGAUCUUAGCUUGCUUUCUUACCUUUCAGUUGGAGGAGUCUUGGCUUCGAUCUUGCUCGGUCUCUGUCUCUUCUGGGUUGGUCUGGUAGAUGGAAUCGGGUUUCAUGCAACAGGAAGAGUCUUCGAUCUCAGUAACUUACCUGUUACUAUAGGAAUUUUCGGGUUUGGUUAUUCAGGUCACUCGGUUUUUCCAAACAUUUAUUCUUCCAUGAAAGAUCCUUCAAAGUUUCCUCUAGUCUUAGUCAUCUGCUUUAGUUUCUGUACAGUCUUGUACAUAGCUGUAGCGGUCUGCGGUUACACCAUGUUUGGUGAAGCGAUAGAAUCACAGUUCACAUUAAACAUGCCUAAACAUUUCAUUUCAUCUAAAAUCGCAGUCUGGACAGCGGUCGUUACACCGAUGACAAAAUACGCGUUAACUAUCACCCCAAUCGUUUUGAGUCUCGAAGAACUCAUUCCAACGGCUAAGAUGAGAUCGCAUGGUGCAUCGAUAUGUUUCAGAACAAUCCUAGUUACCUCUACUUUAGUCGUUGCUCUUUCCGUUCCUUUCUUCGCAAUCGUGGCUGCACUAAUCGGAUCGUUCCUUGCAAUGCUCGUGGCUCUGAUCUUUCCAUGUCUAUGUUAUCUAAGUAUCCUCAAGGGUAAAUUAACCAAGACACAAAUCGGAUUAUGCAUGUUCAUUAUUCUCUUCGGAUUGGUGAGUGGUUGCUGUGGUACUUACUCGGCUAUCUCAAGAUUAGCCAACCAAAUGACUUGA